AGAGAGAGAGAGUGCAUUGAUGAACGAAUUUGAUUGAAAAUGAUUGUGUUGAGAAUUUCAUUCACAAAAUGUAAAUUGACAGCAUUGUAAGUUGACAAUAUGCAGUUGAACAAGCACACAUAUUCACCUGUCAUUCAUUUGGACCUUAGAUCAACAACAGUCAAAUGAUCUCAACCGUUUAAAACAAAUGUUGAACUUGUCACAUAUUCCUCUCCUCUACUUCAAUAUUUCCACUUGGAAAUUUGCUGGUUUUAUAUUUUGUAAAAUACUAUUGAAGAAUGUGACAAGUUCCUAAAUGUAAUAUUUUUACUUCAAGAGUUGACAUUUGACAAAUUCUUCGAUAAACAUGUGAACGAGGCCUGUUGGGAGCCACGAUCAUUUAUCUUUGUCGUAUCGAAGAAAGACCAGUUCGCUUCUGCUGCAUUACUUGUUAUAUAAUCCAACUCCUCCCACCAUUUACAAAUACACAAUAAAGUCCACAACAGAAAUAUAGCUAGCUAUCUUGCAAAGAUAUGGCAGAGGCAGCUAUUUUCUCUGCAGUAAAAUCUCUAGGCGUGUUGGUCGUCGAAAAGGCCGGUUUCCUACAAGGCGUUGAGGAACAGGUGAAGUGGUUGAAACGCGAGCUCAAAAGAAUGCAAUGUUACCUGAAAGACGCGGCAGAAAAACAACCCCAGAACGAGAGCAUUCGGCAAUGGAUAUCCGACAUCAGAGAGGUGGCUCAAGAUGCCGAGGAUGUCAUCGAAACCUUCAUUCUCAAAUCCAACACCCCGAGAAGUAGUGAAAUGUCAUUUCAUGAGAGGGUGAUUUCCAUACCCAAACAUUUGUAUCACCUCAACGUGGUAGGGAAAGAGAUCGACUCCAUCAAAGCCAAGCUCCAAGACAUCGAGAGAAGCCGUGUGAGAUACGGAAUUCAAUAUAUUGGCGAAAUGACGGAAUCUACUAGAAGAUCCGAGGUGGGAGAAGUUGAGUGGCGGCGUCGGUUGUCUCCUUGGCAAAAAGACGAACACUUGGUGGGCUUGGAACGAGACAUGAAAUUACUCCUUGAAAAUGCAAUCUUGGACGGAAGGGAAGGUCUAGCUGUUGCAACGGUCGUUGGCAUGGGCGGGAUCGGAAAGUCAACUCUUGCCAAGAAAGUGUACAACCAUUCGGGUGUGGCUAAACGAUUUGACAUGCGUGCAUGGGUUGUGGUUUCCAGUGAUUUCAUGCCGAGAGACAUAAUCAAAGAGCUAAUGCUACAAGUUUUGGACCCCAAAGAAGACAAGCUGAAGGUGCUAGAGACUAUGGAGAAGCUAUCGUUGGCAAGCGUCCAACGGAUGCUCCACGAACGAUUGUGCGGUAAGCGGUAUUUCAUAGUUCUUGACGACAUCUGGGAAAACAAACAUUGGGAGUCUUUGGCAAGUGUUUUCCCCGUUGAAGGUACGGCUUCUAACAUGUCUAUUUUUAUGUGUUUUGGAAGAAAAUAUUAUGCUACCUUUCAUUACAUCAAUUCUACAGGUCAAGGAAGUAGAUUGUUGCUUACAAGUCGUGAUCGGAACAUCACAAAGCAUGCUCGUUAUAUUCAUGAGAUGAAAUUGUUAGACUCUGAACAAAGCUGGAAAUUGUUCAUGAAGAAGGCAUUCAUCGACAACAAUGAAGGCAAAUGUCCGGAAGACUUGUACGAUAUAGGGAGAGAGAUCUUGAGGAAGUGUGAUGGUCUGCCAUUAGCCAUCUCUGUGGUCGGAGGCCUACUGGUUGAUAGGAGCCCGUCAAAGAGUAAAUGGGAGAACGUUUCGAAAGAAAUAAACACUCAUUUGGGAACAAAGGAAAGCAGUGUAUCAGAAAUUCUGGAGUUAAGUUACCGCAAUUUGUCUCCAGAACUGAAGUCGUGCUUCUUAUGUCUAGGCUUCUUCAAAGAAGAUGCCACCAUCCGCACAAAAAGAUUGAUACAUGUGUGGGUUGCCAAUGGCUUCAUCCAACAAGGAAGAAGAGGAGAAAAUACAACAAUGGAGGAAAUAGGUCAAAAUUAUUUAGAUGAGUUGAUCAAUCGAAAUAUGGUUCAAGUAAAGGAUAUGAGUUACGAUGAGAGCGUGAAAAAUUGUCACAUCCAUGAUCUUCUUCGCGAGCUAUCCAUACGAAAAGCAAAGGAGGAAAUAAGUUUUGAGAUCCGAAGGGGGGAAGGGAAUUCUCAAUCCUUGGAUAAACCUCGUCACUGCGCUAUUUAUUGUAGCACAGAAACGUUCAUUUACUCGGCGGCAGGUAAAAAUAAGUAUGUUCGCUCUGUUUUCGUCCAUGGAUAUGACAAUCGUACUGAUGUUAAACCAUCUUAUUUGAAAAGUUUUGAACUUCUAAAGAUCCUUGAUUUUGAAAAUUUUAUGUUGUACGAGUUGCCUGAUACAAUUGGUGAACUGACUGGAUUAAGGUACUUGGGAUUAAGAAAUUCACGCAUACCGGAGCUCCCACGCUCGUUGGGUCGCCUUAAAAAACUUGAGGUUCUCGAUGUAGCGAAAUAUAAUACAAAUGUGCCAAAUGUUAUAUGGAAAAUGGAUACCCUGCGUCAUCUUUACAUGUAUCAUUUUGAUUAUACGAGGACGCCUAUAAGACUAGAUACCCUAAAGAAUCUUCACACACUGUCCUACAUUCGGACGGAUCAUGUUGAUCCCAAGCACCUAACACAACUUGCAAGUCUUCGGACAUUGGGCAUAGUUAUCCGUUCGUCUGAUUACGAAUUCAGCACACUUUGUAGCUCACUGAAGAAUCUUGUUUGUCUAAAAGUAAGAAACAUAAACAUGUACCGGAUAAGCAUGGACGUUCUUGGUACUAUGUGCAAUCUCACUACACUUAAACUGGUAGGUGGACUUACCAAGUUACCUGAUUUACCUCCGAAUCUUUCUUACUUGACCUUGAUAUAUGCUGGUCUCCUUCACGACCCAAUGCCAGUGCUGGAGAAGCUACCAAAGUUAUUGGCGCUGAAAUUGGAUCGUGCAUAUUAUAAAGGUCGAAAAAUGGAGGUAUCAGAGAAAGGAUUUCCGAGGCUUAAGGUCCUCAUUCUUCGUGAAAUGUGGUAUCUGGAGACUAUACAAGUUAGAAAUGAAGGUGGAAUGCAGGAGCUCAAACGAUUGGAAAUAUACAAAUGUUCGAAUCUUGUGAAAAAACUCCCAGAAAAGCUGAGAUUAAUCACAAUAUUGCUCGAAAAGUAG